CUGGCAGGAAACACGGGUACUUCCAGAUACAUGGCAGUGGAAGUGAUCCGUAAGCAUCCAUACAAUUGUAAGGCUGACAUCUUUUCUUUCUCAAUUCUGCUUUGGGAACUCAUGGCGCUUUGCAAACCAUAUGAUGGCCUUGUCGGUCAGCAAGUUAAAGAGUGCGUGUCCGUCUUCGGCGAACGCCCAGCCAUACCACGAACAUGGCCCACUAACCUUCGCCGCGUUCUGAGGCGAGGCUGGGGCGAAUCAAUUGUGGAUCGACCAUUUAUGACGGAAGUCAAAGACACUUUGAUGAAAUUGCAUGAGGCGAGCUCCAAGCCUACCAAGUUGUUCAGUAAAUAA